CUAAAACCUAUCACAAUAAACAUGUUCAAGUUAAUAUGUAAAUACAGAGCAAACGCUAAAUUUACAUUUGUUCAACAAGCAUCAAUGAAAACUAAUGUCAUACCGAAUGACAAGUCAGCAUUUGCAAAUAGACGACGGAACUUUGAUUUAUCGUCAGAAUAUCGGCAGCUUCUUUCAGUUUUUCCUUCAAUUGUGGAAGAAGUUAUAGAAGAACAGCUAUUCUAUCAUAAAAACUUUCCAGAAUUGAAAGAAAGAUAUGCAAAAUUGUUGAAUUACACUUGUGUUCUCGAUGAUAAAUAUUUAUCGACUGGCGUUUCUUUUCUGCAUGCAUAUAAAUCGUUUCAGAAACCUAAUCUUCUGACUGAAGAAAAUCUGAAAAAGGCUUGCAUAUUAGCGUGGUGUCUUCGUUUGUUAGAGACUUCUGUGAUCAUGGAUGAUGAUAUAAUUGAUAAUUCAAAGCUAAGAUAUAACAAACCAACUUGGUAUAAUUUACCCGAUGUCGGAAUAAAGAAAGCAAUCUGUGAUGCCAGUUUUCUUGAAACCAGCGUAUCCUACCUACUUCUGAACCAUUUUUCUUCCCAUCCACAGUACUUUAAUAUUCAAAAGGAAUUACUUAGGAGCUAUGCUCCUACCAUGAUUGCUGAGUGUAUGGAUCUUUCAAAAUACAAGCCAAAUGAAUUUGAAAAGUAUCAAAAUGUUGUUAGAAUCUAUUUUUUUACAGUACCAUUUGUUUUAUGUGCCAUGUACCUAGUUAAUAUCGAUAAUCCACAAUUACAUACUAUAGCUAGAAAAAUUCUAAUCGAUAUUGCGAUAUAUUUAGCAUCAGAGGAUGAUUUUGAUGGUGUAUAUGGCAUAAAAACACAAAAAGACUGUACGGACGUAGCUGAAGGAAAACCCACUUGGUUAGCCAUUCAAGCAUACAAAAUAGGGACUGAAUCUCACAGAAAGAUAUUGGAUAAGCACUAUGGUGUAGAUGAUAAUAAAUCGGUAAUGGAGACCUAUAAAAUAUACGACGAGUUGAAUCUAAAAGAAAAGUUUGAACAAUAUAAAGAAGACUUUUAUAAUGAUACAUAUAAGAAGAUAGAGCAGCUACCCAAAGAAUUACCAGGACAAAUAUUUUUGGAUAUUUUAGAUUUUGCAGUGAUGGGUGGAUUUCGAGUAUGAAUGUGAAUUAGG